AUGGCGUCGCGUUGGUUCACGCUCCUCCUCCUCCUAACGCCUUCAUUGGCUCUCAACAACAAUUUCGACUUCUACCCCCAGGGCGCGCAGAAAUGUCUCUCCCAAGCUGCCGACAACGCCUCGUGCACUGGCGCUGACAGCAAGGAGCUGAACUACUGCCUCUGCGGCCUUGGCAACUACAACAAUGACUUCAUCCUCGGCUCCGCUGCGUGCAUCGGCAAGCAGUCGCCCGGUGAUGUGGAUGAGACCUACGAUACCAUGAACAAGGCGUGCUCCAAUUCGCAGACGCCGAUGAAGGUUACCAAGAAGGAGUUUGAGGAUGCUGCGGAGAAGGGCGCGAGUUCGAGUUCGAGUUCGAGUAUGACUACGACUACGACUACUGAUGCGGCUACCUCUUCGACUGCUUCUGCGACGGCGACCGAUUCGGCGAGCACCACGAAAGACACUGCUGCUGCUGCUACUACUACGACGAGCACUGAGAACAAGGACGAUGAUACGGGCUUGUCAACGGGCGCCACAGCGGGAGUAGCCGUUGGCGCAGCAGCUGGUGGUGCAGCGUUAGUAGGCCUCCUCGUGUGGUUCUGGAUGCAGCGCCGCAGGAAGAACGCCGAAGAAUCACACCCCAUGCUGCCCAACCACGAGAACCGCGAUGGUUCGCCUUACCAACCUACCGAGCCGAAGCCAGCGUGGUCAGCAGCGGGUUCACCACAGCAAGCAAUGGGGACACCGGAUCCGAAUGCUGGAUUCUACAAGCCCCCUGAGCCGGUGGAGCUGCCGCCUGAGCCAGCGCCUGUUUACGAGAUGGACGGGACGGGUGCUGCGGUUGAGAUGGAACAUACGCCUGUUGAUCCACGGGGAAAUAGAUCGCGAUUGAGUUCGUCGCAUUCGUCAAUAUCAUCGGGAUGGAGGGAUUAA